AUGUCGUCGCACACAUUUGAGCAAUUCAUCCGCUUUACCACGGACUCAGUCGGCCUAGAAAGAAUAUUUCGAUUGCUCCAGUCGAUAGCACAGAUACUGUCAUCAUAUCCGGUUCUGCUUGGUCUCUUUAUAAGCCUGCUGGAGUUCAGUGUUACUGCACCGCCGUCCUAUGCAGAGAUCCAUGUCGUCCUUCUCAUCUUGCGUCAGCGUCUAGGUCUGGCCAGACGCUUUUUCCGCGUGUUCCGGUUCUUGGACUCGUUUCACGCGGCGCAGAAAUUGUACACCAGCAUAGCGGCAGCCGAGCCGACUAGCGGCACAUCGUCAUGGUCAUCCAAGACAAAAAAGAAGCGACCUUUUUGGGUCCAUCUCGAAGCCUACCUCGACGUCUUUGGCCGCACAUUCAACGGCAUGUACCUCUUGCUCGAGAGCAGCACCCUCGUCGACGCGCUGCAGAUUGACGGGCUGCGGGCGUGGACGCCGGCGUGGGAGCGCACCGUCACCGUCGAGGCGCAGCGCUUCUGGCUGUUUUCCCUCGUCUGCAGCGUGCUGUCGGGGCUGCUCAAGGCGCUCAAGGUGCUCGCGUACACGCCGGUGCCUCCCGUGGGCGAUGUCACGCAGAGCGAAAAGGUUUCUGGGGCGGAUGGUGCCCAGAGGAAGGAGGACAAGGAGCAGCAGCAGCAAACGAGUGGGCCGGCUGCGGUUGACUUUGACCCCGAUGAGGAGUUUGACGUGAGAAAGGAACAAGAGCGGCUAAAGGGCCUCGUCAAGCAGACUAGGAAGAGAAGGGUGUUGUGGAGGAGGGAAGUGAGGGCAAAACUCCGGGGUUUAGGCCGGGCCAUCGCAGCCAAUGCCCUCGAUAUUGUACUGCCUGGAGUCAUUGUCGGUUGGAUCGACGCUGACCCCGGGACAGUUGGAGUCGUCAUGUUUAUCACGACCGUGCUGACGGGGUUGGACGUAUGGGACAGAUGUGGCCGCGAGGUUGGCCAACACGAAUGA